AUGGCUCUAAAUCAACGCUGGGGCAAGUUUGGCUUGAGCAACAAGUUUGACACAGAAUUUCCCUCUGUUCUGACAGGGAAGGUUGCCCCUGAAGAAUUCAAGACCAGUAUCAGUCGUGUAAAUGCGUGCUUAAAGAAGAAUCUCCCCAUCAGUGUCAAAUGGCUUCUCUGUGGCUGUCUGUGCUGCUGCUGUACGCUGGGAUGCAGCUUGUGGCCUGUUGUGUGUCUUAACAAAAGAACGAGAAGAUCAAUUCAGAAGUUGUUAGAAUGGGAAAAUAACAGAUUAUAUCAUAAGCUCGGUUUGCACUGGAAGCUGAGUAAAAGGAAAUGUGAAACUAGCAAUAUGAUGGAGUAUGUAAUACUAAUAGAAUUCUUACCAAAAUAUCCCAUAUUUCGGCCCGACUGAGGAGCAGCGUUACUUUCCGUGUUACCUGUCAUUUCCUACCUGUAGUGCCUUGUAGGGGAUGUUGGAGAGAAGAUGGUCUACUUUGCCGUGAUAUUUUUUUUAAGUGUGUACUUAGGUAGAAUAUCUUCUUUGCUCUGUUACUUUCUUUUGUUUUAAGAAGAAAACAAUUUGCACAUUUUUUUAUGUUCAAUAAUGAGGCUUGUAUGCGCACUCCGGUUUGGAGGGGUUUUUUAUACCUGUAAUGAUAAAAAUUGCCACUAAGAAUAUAGUCUCAGUGCUGCUUGAAGGCUGGCUCUGAGCAUGCUGCCUUAUUAGUUUCCACGCUCCCAGUCAGUUUUCCACCCUGGCUCAGCAGCACCACGUUGUGCAUCAGAUCCAGGCGCCACACUCUCCCUUCAGAUGCUUCAGCAGAAACGGUCAAGGUUAGCUUACAACAAUCGGUAAAACUUGUAUGAUAAUCUGCUUGCAUAAGGCUUGUGAGGGAACUGCACUGGUCAUCUCCUGCACUUGCAA